AGUAGCCAGUUGAGAAAGAGGCCAUAUAUCAGGCACAAAACGGAAAAUUAGAAAAUAAAGCAUGUUACCUAAGAAAGAGUUAUGCUAAGUGAUAACGACAACAAUGGAAGUGGAGUGAAUGCCGAAGUUGAAAAAUUAGAAAAAACGUCCAUCACAAAAGCAGCGUAUUAGAGCAAAGUGAAAAUUUGGUACUGUGGCUUAAACGGCCAAAGCGGAUUAGCAACACAAAACGCUUAACAAAAGCGACACAUUUACAUACACGUCCCUCUUAACGCAACGAUUGGAACGCUAUACAGGCGAUCAAGUCACGAAUCCGCCCACAACAACCUGCCACGCCCACUAUUCAAAUACAGUAGCCGCCGUAAAACAUUGUAAACACUAGUUCGGCCGCCGUCCACUGCAUAUGAUACAAAUCGUAAGCGAGAAAUUAAGAAAGUAAUCGUCCCACCGUUGCGGCGUACACACAUUUCUUGAGCGACAUCCCCCAUUCCGUCUAAUACACAUUAAACAUAAAUUCGUUUCGUCCCAAUACAUCAGCCAUUUGACAUUUAAUCCCCCAAGAUCCCCUCCAAAAAUAAACCACCCGUCCAUUACAAAACCACAGCACACAAACAUAAAACGGCUGCAGUAUGUCGGAAUUGGAUAAUGCCGUCACGGUCGGCAAAACUAACGAGGAAUUGCGUAUGGAAGUAGAGCGGCUAACUCGCGAAUUAGAUCAGGCGGCCAGUGAGCGAGCACAGUCAGCGCAGUAUGGUCUUUCGUUACUGGAAGAGAAAUCGGCGCUCGAACAAAAAUGUGAGGAACUGGAAACGUUGUACGACCACGCCAAGCACGAUUUAGAUAUAACACAAGAGGCACUUGCAAAAUUUCAAACUUCACAGAAGGUCACCACAAAAACUGGCAUCGAACAGGAGGAGUCACUGCUCAGCGAAACCGCAGAGCUCGAAACCAGUUUGAACAGUAAAAUAUUAGACUUGGAAAAUGAGACGAAACAGCUGCGUCACGAAUUGGAGCGAGUGCGAAACGAACGCGAUCGUAUGCUGCAAGAGAAUGCCGACAUUGGGCGCGACAAGUCGGAUAACGAGGCCGAGAAGUUGCGACUCAAGGCCGAGUUAAAGGACCUAAAGUUUCGCGAGACACGCAUGCUAACGGAAUACACAGAGCUGGAAGAAGAAAACAUAUCGCUGCAAAAACAGGUGUCAAGCUUGAGGAGUUCGCAGGUGGAAUUUGAAGGUGCCAAACACGAGAUACGUCGCCUCACCGAGGAGGUGGAACUUUUAAACUCACAAGUCGAUGAAUUGGCUAAUCUAAAAAAGAUAGCAGAAAAACAAAUGGAAGAAGCCUUGGAGGCUUUGCAGUGCGAACGUGAGGCAAAGUAUGCUCUCAAGAAAGAAUUGGAUAGCCAUUUGAAUCGUGAGUCCAUGUACAAGAUAAGCAAUCUAGCAUAUCUGCGUAGCAAUAUGGACGACAAUAUCAGCGCAAAUAGCGAUGGUGAAGAGGAAAAUUUGGCUUUGAAACGACUUGAAGCCGAUUUGACCACAGAGUUGAAUGCAACAGACGGCACAAAAUGUGAUUUAUUCUCUGAAGUGCAUCUCAAUGAGCUGAAGAAAUUGGAAAAACAAUUGGAGUCCAUUGAAAACGAGAAAAUUCUACUCACAGCGAAUUUACGAGAGGCACAAACCAGUUUGGAUAAAUCACAAAAUGAAAUACAAAAUUUCAUGGCUCGUCUGGCGCUCCUCACCGCACAUGUGGAUGCUCUACUACAGCUGAAGAAACAGCUGGAUAUCAAAGACGAUUCCAUAGAAGCGGUGAAGCGGCGCAACGACGAGCAAAAUGUACGACAACAACUGUUGGACAUACUAUCCCAGUAUAACAGUUGGUUCACACUCUCUUCGAAGGAGAUUGACGGUCUCAAGACUGAUUUGGUUGAGCUACAGAAGGGUUUCAACUACACCGACGCAAUGACCACUCUCCGCAAUGAAGUCACAAAUUUGAAAAAUAAAUUGCUCGCAACUGAGCAAAAAUCAAUUGAUCUACAAAGUGAUGUGCAGACACUCACAAGUAUUUCACAAAAUGCCGGACAAAGUUUGGGUUCGGCUCGCUCCACUCUGGUGGCCUUAAGCGAUGAUUUGGCGCAGCUGUAUCAUCUCGUUUGCACCGUCAACGGCGAGAUACCAACACGUAUAAUGCUCGAUCCCAAGAGUGAUGACAUGAGUUUCGAAAACGAUUCGCUUACUGCCAUACAGUCACAAUUCAAAUCCGAUAUUUUCGCUUCCCGCUCCCACACAAUUGAAGAUUUGCAAGGGCUUGCAGAUUCUGUAGAAAUUAAAAAGUAUGUAGACACAGUAAGUGAUCAAAUUAAACAUUUGAAAACCGCUGUCGAGCACACCAUUGAGCACAACAAAAACAAAGUGCGCGGAGAUGUUUCCGAAGCUGACAAAUAUAACCGCGAAGAGGUCGAAGAGUUGCAAGAACAAAUUGUACGUCUCAAAGGCCUGUUAUCACUCAAACGUGACCAAAUCGCUACAUUGCGUACUGUAUUGAAAUCAAAUAAGCAGACCGCCGAAGUGGCACUCACAAAUCUCAAAUCGAAAUAUGAGAAUGAGAAGACAGUGGUCAGCGAGACAAUGGCCAAGUUGCGCAAUGAACUGAAGAUACUUAAAGAAGAUGCGGCAACAUUCUCAAGCUUACGCGCCAUGUUUGCUGCGCGCUGCGAGGAAUACGUUACACAGGUAGAUGACCUGAAUCGCAAAUUAGAAGCCGCUGAGGAGGAAAAGAAAACAUUGAAUCAGCUACUUCGUUUGGCCGUCCAACAGAAAAUUGAAUUGACUCAACGUAUGGAGGAAAUGGAAAUCGAUCGCGAAACGCGCUUUGCACGUCGGUCGAUGCCACCACAACGCGGCAGCAGCGGCAAAUCGUUUUCGUCACGGCCCUCAACACGUAACCCGACUGGCAGCAAUCAGAAUCAAUUCUAACAUAAAAUAAGCGUGCAGCGUAAACUUUUAGCCUUAGUUUAUACAUUGCUUAAGUUAUAAAGUCAUUUUUAUGUAAACUGUAACACUGUCACGUGUCACUUCAAAAGGUACAUAUUCGUAUUUUCUAACAUACUUUGGUUAUAUUCACCUCAUCAAUAUAUUAUUUGUAUACUAUUCAAUAAAUUUCAGCGAAAAGAUAUUGGUACGAUGAUUGAACAAUUGUAAGCAUCAGAAGAACAAGGGACAGCAAUUCUUUCGCCGAAAGCAGCUGUAAUCAUCGUACGAAAAACAUUUACUUCCGCCCUUAAACUAAAGACACUGCACACAAAAGCAUAAAAAUGACUGUAGUCAAUAUAACUUGAUUUUAUAAUUCAUUAAUAAUUCUAAUAUUUAUGUUCUAAGGACCAUAUUUAUGAAUAAUAUCAACAUUAAGUUAGAUAUAUAUAUAAGUGAAAACUGACGGAUGCUGUGGAAGCUUAAAAUAAGUGAAUAAUCGUGCAGAAUGAUGCCAACUUUACUCCCUCGGAGGGGAUAAAGUACGCCCAAAGCAAACCAAGGCAGCCGUCAGGAUUAACUUAUACUUACCUAAAAUAUACUGAGUAUUAAAUUAUUUGUUUUGCACACAGCUACCUAUGUUUGGCUGCCUUAUGUUUAGUUUGGAACAAAUGAGCGUAAUUGGGGAAAUUAAAUGAGUGCGUCAAAUUUGAAUGAUUGAGCACCAGCAAAGUAGUGGCGUUGAGUCGAUAUUAUUUUCUCUAAUAGUAAUUAGAUGAGAUUUUCAGCGACUUUUAAAUGCCCUGAAAUUUUCAAACUAAGUUUAACCCUGCAAGAUUGAACGUUUGAAUCAAGGUAAACUGAAAUACUGAGCGUCUUCUCUGUAUUGCGAUUUGAAACUCAAUGCGUUUCGAAAGCAGACACAGACCAAUACAAAUUCAUAGUGCCGAGUACUCGAAUCCGAAUGAUUUGCUUUUCAAAUGGCUAUUCAAAGCAGACCCCCUGGAUAUUUAAAAUACUACACAAAAUUGUUUAGCACCUACAUACAUAUGUCUUGUAUACUCCCGACAAUUGCAUUCAAGUGAAAACCAAAAAAAUAAGUGUUCUACUUAUUGAAAACAUAUUGAGCAAUCUUAAAGAUUUUAACAAUCCUGCAAAAUUUUUAAACCGCACAUAAGAAAAGAUAACUGCAAAAAUAAAUCCCAAUAUUCGUGCUCAUUUGCUCCAAAAAAUAUAAUCUUAAUGUGUGUAAUUUUCUGUUUUUUCCUGUUUUUUUUUCUACUUACACAUAGCAAUUAUGUCUAACAUUUUUGCUACACGUGGACUUGUAUAUCAAGCGUAACUGAAAGUAUUGUUUAAAAUGGUUUGUUACUUACAUUUUCUUAUCUAUAAAUUUGAAUAUUUCUAAGAACUUUUUCUAAUACAUACAUACAUACAUUAAUUUAUAACUACAAGUAUAAGUUGCCCUAUAUUUCCGAAUGCAGCUAAUACAUACUACAUAAUAAACAGGCCACUUUUGUAGUGCACUUUAUAUUUUUAGAAUAAAAAUUAAUCUGUUUUCGAAAACAGCUGUACGCUCGAGAACGCACGAAUGCAUCUCAACUUUUUAUAUUUUCAAAAUUUAAUUAAUGCACAAUGAAAUUAGCAAAAUACAAACAAUCUUGAGUUAGAAACAUUGCAAAUGCACCAUCAGUAGUUGAGUAUAAAGCGAUAACUUACAUUUUUCUAUGACUAAGCCAUUGAGGAAUGAAAACAUUCAAUGCGCGCUUAUGAUCAGCAUGCAAUGUGUUAAGUGGCAGCUAUAGAAUUUAAUUAUUGCUUUCUAAGAAUUUGAAUUGAUUGCAAUUUUCUUUCUAAUUUAUAAAUAUUCAAAUGGCAUUCAGUUAAUACUUUGCAAGCUGUGAAGCGCACUGCAACAGUUGAAUAUGUUGGAUCACCGCAUAAAGGUGCUUAAAUUAGCAAUUUUAACUAAGCCUGCAUACAUAAAUGCACAUACAUAUACUCGUACAUAUAGUUAGCCAAAAACCACACAUCACAACUGCGAGCUAUAGAACGCUUGGAAAUUUGUAGUAGUAUUGCACAACGUCCUCUGCAGACACGCGCACACGCUUGGCUUGGCGCAAGUGCAGCUGUAUUCCUAGUUAAAAGUAAUAUGUAAUAAUAUUAAUAAUUUAAAUAAGUAAUUUAUAUAUAUAUAACUAUGCUAAAGAUAUUAUUUAAUAAUACUUGCAAAAAUAAAACCUUUAUUGUAGGCAAUAUGUUGUAUAAAUAAUCAAAUUAAAGUAGUUACAAAAAAAAUACUAAAAAACCAAAUAAAAACCUACAAAAAACUAA